UACAAACGGACAGAAUAUAUAAGCAAAAUAGGGAGCGAUGAUCAGAAAAAUUACCCUGAGUGUAUAUAUUUAUCUAAAUCUAUGUAUCCAUGAAGGAUCAACCAUUGUUUACGACGUUUUUGGGUCGAGUGAAGAAUUUUUUAUUAUCAAUUCAUCAGUCGUAGAAUGGGAAAAAGCGAAUGCAGUCUGCGAUUCAAAAAAUGGAUCUUUGGUUGACCUGAAGGAUCUACAGAAACAUAUUACAAACAAUACAAAACUGUUAAAGAUAAAUAAUUCAUCAUACUGGUCUUCUGUUUCAUAUACUCCAUUGAUUGUAUACAGAGGUUGUUUUUCAAGUAAGUAUGGAGGAAAGUACUUUGUUCAAACCCAGAAUACCGUUGGGAAUUGCUUUGGUAGAUGUGAUUGGUAUUGUAACUUCAUGUACAACAUUCGUUUAUCCAAUUUUGCUCUAAAGGUAAGUUUCUUUUCCUAAAAAACGUCUCUAUUUAACAGGAAAGGAGAAAAUGUAUGGUCAGACCGGAUAUCGAACCCGGGACCUCUGCAGCACCACUCAGGUGCUCUACCACCUGAGCUACCCAGGCAGAUAUUUACGGACCAAACCAUUGCAUUCCUUCCUCCUUAAAUGAUCUCUGCCCUCGAGGACAUAACUCAAGUUCUUAUUACCCUCUGCAUGGUAGGACUUUCACCUGCAAUCCCAGGGGUGGUCAACAGCAUUAUAUCUGUAACAGGAAGGA